AUGGUGUUGAUAGCACAAGCAAAGAAUUGUCAUAGAGUGUGGACUUGCAAAGGAGACAUUAGGUGUUGGGAAGACUGUAAAAAUCAACACAAUGGAAGGGGACUCUGUGAUUUAUACACUGCACCUUCUGUUCCUAAACAAUGCUUUUGUGCUUAUAAAUGUUAA